AUGGAGAGCUUACCAUCUAGUGCUCCACAACGAGCGGGGGCAGCGGCGGCGGACCUGUCCCUGACGUUGGCACUGGCGGCCUGCGGCAGCUCCGGCGACGGCGGCGACGUGGGCGGCAGGAACCACGUCGGCACCAUCGCUGAGCCGGCGUUGUCGUCGUCGAUCGUCGACCGCAGCGUCAGUAGCGCUGCCACCUUGUCCAUUCCAUCGCUGUCUCACGGUGGCAGCGCUAUGCGCGCUCAGCCUGUGCCUGCCGGUGGCCGUGACGGGAAUGGCACUGGCACCGCCGUCGUCCCAAACUUUCGAGCGAGAAUGCUGCAAAGGCGGGCCGCGCUAUUCGCACCGGUGAACAUCAGGCCACUAGAGAUGGACAGGGUGGUGGCUGAUGGCACGCUGGCUGGUUGCGAUGGCACGAUCGACAUGCUCAAUUGGGUCAGGGCCUCCGCUGCGCCUGCGGCCACCAGCGCCGACACAGCUGACCAGGGUGAGCAUCUGGAUCUCGACCUUGAGCUGAGACUCUAG